AUGACAAUCUCAGAUGAAGACGUCCAACAUUUCAUUGAAUAUCCUCUUGAGAAAAUUACAUCCCUUUUCCGCCGACAUUGUGAUUUUGAAAAUUUCAAGAUCGAUAGAGAAAGCCCUAGCGAAGUCAUUGAUCUUACACUCGUAUCUGAUCUUCUGGUUAAUUUGUUAAGUUUAUUUCAGAGUUAUGCCCAAAGAAAGGUGGUUCCCUCGACCAUCGAAAAAAACAUGUCUGGCCGGUUGCUUUCCAUCCUUAACCGAUUAGAAUCAAAAGCUAUUAACACCUCUUACUUCCUACCUCUUGUAACCUCGAUUCUUUUUAAUUCUGCCGAUAUCGAAAUAUGGGGUCAUCUGACUGAUCUCGUCGACAAUCUUGAGCCAACCACACCCCUACAGCAUGACGCAUCUUCAUCCCAUCAUCCCGACGCACAACAUAUAUACACAACGGCGCAACUAAAAGGUGCUGAUGAAACUAUGGACAUACUCAAAGAUGCUUUGAAAAAGGAGCUGACGGGAACUGUCUUUGAAGAUUUCACGGGGUUUUACGAGAUAUUCUUUGAGAAACCGCUUUGGGCGAGCAAAUGCCAGAAGAUCUCCGAGAGCUAUGCUAGUAGGAAAGACCAAGAAUCAUUCAAAUUUCCGGACGAUCGUACGGAGGCAAAUGUAUGGCAGUGGAUCAAAACGGUCCAGACAAAAUUCAUCGAGCAGUAUCGGGAUCCUCCGGCCGAUGCAUCCGACCAAUCAAACGCAUCCAAGAAGAGUAAGGCUUUUCCUCUGCGCGGACAGAAGUUCCGGACAACCAAUGGAUCCCAAAUCAAGGGCGGCCCUUGUUUCCGACAAGUAGACUUUUUCAUCAAGAGUCGCAGCCUUCGUCGCGGUACUCCCCACAGCUGGCGGGAUAUACAAGUCUUGGGAGAGAUUACCAAGCUUCCCACUAGUGCGUGGAUGGAUAAGUUUCUCCAACUUGCUGUGUACAUGCGGGAGGUGUUUACGGCUCAGCCAUUGCGUAAGUUUGUGCAUGGAUUCCUUUUGUUAGACACCAAACUGCAACUGUGGGUGUUUGAUCGGUCGGGCCCAUACUCCACAGGCUUCAUUGAUAUUGGUGAAAACCCUGAGGUGUUCGUAUACGUCAUAACGGCCUAUAUGAUGAUGAGCGACGAGGAGCUUGGGAUCGAUACACUGGUACAAUAUGAAAAAAAUCAGACGAUAAUCACUAUCACUGAUGCCAAUACCAAAGAGCCUCGCAAUCUGAUUCUGGAAGCUGAGCCGUUCUUCGCACAGAGGGUGAUCGUCUCCCGUAGCACAGCUUGCUACCGCGCUCUGGAUGGGACGUACGUGGUCAAAAUUUCAUGGAGAGCCGUAGAUAGGCUGUCUGAAGUGAACCUUCUCAUGCAGGCACGCGACGUGCGAGGUGUGGCUCGGCAGAUCGGCUCACGGGAUGACUCGAAGAUAAGUGAACUUCGCAAGGGUUUGAAAAUCACGAGUGAGAUGAAGAGAGACGUCCAUCCAGACGACUCUCUCAUGAUAAUGACCGUCGAGACGAUAGGGGCAGGUCCAUCGAUUCCGGCCGAAAGCAAUGAGCAUAGUAUGUCUGAGAAGCGCAAAGGCCGAACUGAAGAUAGUAUUGGCGACGAUGGCGACCAGAGAAGCAAGAGGAUGCGCGUGUGGGAUAUCGCAAGAGUAGCGCAGGAAAAUACAGCUAUGAUAAGCGACCGAGGCAACGGAAAUCCGAUAGACUCAGGAAAGGCAGCACCUGUGAAAAUAGUGCGCCGCUCGACGAGAACCAGCUCUGGAGAGCCAGUCAAGUCUGAGUCCAGCAAGUCGGGAUCUAAAAGACGUCGAAACCCGGAUCUUGCGCAAGAUGACGAUUCUACAGUGCCUGCGCAUGAGUUGAAAAGGCUUUGCAUUUCGAGUACUGACAGAGAAACAGUGUCUGGAGGUGGAACAGCGCCAAUUUCUACUCAGGUGGGCCCACUAACUUCUGCUCCUGGGGACCGAACAGGCGAUGGUGCUGAAGCGACUCCUACUGUCGUGAACGAUGGAGGUGUAGACAAUCCCGGAACGCCAGGGCUGUCGAUUGCCUAUCGAGAUCGUCAAAAGACAUUCAUUGCCACUGAACCUCGUGGUCGAUCGAUUGGCGAGGAAACAACAGCCCUUGACUUGUUGCAGGGUAUCCGCGAUGCGAUCUUGGCCCAUCAGUCACUUUUCAAGGAGGCUAGGAUAUUGCAUCGGGACGUGUCUAUUAAUAACAUUAUACUGACCGAUCCGGCUGUUAACAAUGGUCGGUAUGGGUUAUUGAUAGAUCUUGACCUGGCAAUAUCUUUGAACGAUGUGAAUAGUGAACAAAAUAGGCAGACAAUGACUGGUACUAUGGAAUAUAUCGCCCUCGGAAUAUUGCAAGCGAAUAUUUACGAGACCGACAAGGGGUAUAAGCAUACGUAUCGACACGACCUAGAGUCUUUCUUCUACGUUCUCGUAUCAGCGUGCAUCCGAUUUGGCUGGGGGAACAAAAAGUCUGGCCACACUGAUGUUUUAUCGAAGUGGUACACAGGGACAGUCCAAAAUAUGUAUUUGAAUAAAAAAGAAGCGGUUUCUCACAAAUAUUUCAAAAAAUGUCUCCUGGACCAUUUCUCGACGAGGUACGACUGUGUCAAAGCACUAGUGACAAGAUUGCGGAUAAUACUAUUUGAUAGAUCAACGGGCGUCGAUACAAGUACGAAUCCCUUCGCAGAUGAGGUUUAUGACCUCAUUCUUAAAGCGUUUGACGAUGAAAUCAAGGGGAUCAAAUGUGAGUGUUCAUACCUAGUGUGA